UUGUGUUAACUGUGGAUGUCUUCUCCAGGGCUCCACUGUGGAUGUGCCAGAUGUUUCCCUGUGCCUGUCCGGAGGCGGGUGCGAAAGCGAGCGCCUGCCGUCGUCCCGCUGCUGUCUCUUCCUGAAGAGCUGCUCCUGUGUGUCCUCCAGUGCCUCUCCGCUGAGGAUCUCCUCGCCGUCAGAGCUGUUCAUUCUCAUCUCAGAGACGUUGUUGAUGGGAACUCAAGCGUCUGGGCACGAGUGAGCUUCAAUGACCGCUGGCCGGCCCCUGACACCGUUUGGUUGUUUGAGAGAGCUGCGGAGAAGGGGAACUUUGAAGCUGCUGUGAAACUAGGAAUUGCGUAUUUGUACAAUGAAGGCCCUUCGCUCAGCGAGGAGGGCCGUGCCGAUCUGUGCGGCCGCAUGGCAGCGCGCUUCUUCAGUCUGGCCGAGAGCCUCAGGUCCCCGCUCUCAGACCCCUUCAUCUGGCUCUUCAUCCGGCCGCCGUGGUCCACGUCUGGAGGCUGCUGUAAGGCCGUGGUGUACGACCGACUCCAGGCCGAGUGUGAGACCAACCUGGGCCGGAGAGGGCCGUUACUGUACUGUCUGGCUCGAGUCCUUCAGCUGUUUGACGAUGAGGAGAAGCGUGGCGAGGCUGCGGUGAUGCUGAAGGAGUCGGCGCGCUGCGGGAGCGUGCAGAGCUCGUAUCUGCUGUGGGAGAUGAACCGCGGGACGUCGUCGGCCGAUCCCGGCAGGUAUCUGCAGUGCAUGCGCACGCUCAGGGACUACGCUGCUAAAGGAUGCUGGGAAGCUCAGCUGGCAUUUGCAAAGUCAUGUGGAUCCGCAAGUCCUCUGGGUCUGGAGCCGCGGGCCUGCGCUGAACUCAUGGCCCAGUUCUUCCACUCCGGACCGUCACCCCUGAGAUACCCCAAACACCUGCAGGGACAGGACAUCACCACCAAGAGGUAUAUUCUGGUGGACUGGCUGGUGGAGGUGACCACCAUGAAGGACUUCUCCAGUCAGGUGCUGCACGUGACCAUCAGCUGUGUGGACCGCUAUCUGAGCCGGCGCUCGGUGCCCAAGGCCCAGCUGCAGCUGCUGGGCAUCGCCUGCAUGGUGAUCAGCACACGAUACAUCAGCAAAGAGAUCCUGACCAUCCGCGAGGCCGUGUGGCUCACAGACAACACCUAUCAGUACGAGGACCUGGUGCGCAUGAUGGGGGAGGUCAUCUCCGUGCUGGACGGGAAGAUACGGACCCCCACAGUGCUGGAUUAUGGGGAGGUGCUUCAGUCUCUGCUUCCUGUGGAGCGGCGCAGCUCUCACCUUUUCAGCUACAUCUGUGAACUCUCUCUGCUCUGCUCGCCCCUCACCGUCCCGGGACCGGCCCGACUCGCCAGCGCCGUCCUGCUGCUCACCCGAGCGCUGCACAACUACGUUCCCGUGUGGCCCGUCCAGCUGGAGGAAAACACUGGACUCUCCAAACACGACCUGGUCUCCUGCGCGUUACUGCUCUACGUCAAGUGUUUCGGUCAGGAUGUGCCCAAAGACUACAGACACGAGUCUCUGACCGGAGUCAAGCAGAGGUUUGAGGACGACUCGUAUCAUCAGAUCAGCAGAGACACGGUGAUGGGCUUUAAGGAGCUCUGUCAGGUGCUGGAGGUCCCAGAGGUGGAGCCGCAGGUGGAGGCGCCCAGCGCUAGCUGUCAGUUAGCAGAGAUGCACACCUUCCUGUCCUCUCCCACCAGCAACAGCAAGAGGAGGCGUGAGGACAGCAUGCAGGAGCAUCGGGGCAGCUUCCUGGCCACGCCCACAGCCGAACUGUCCACUCAGGAGGAGAUGCUGCUGGGAGACAUCCUGGACUGGAGCCUGGACACUUCCUGCUCCGGCUACGAGGGCGACCGGGAGAGCGAGGGCGAGAAAGACGGAGAAAUAUCAGCUAUGGAGGUGCAGAUGGAGCCGGCGGUCGAGUGCGCUGACAGACAGAUGCAUUGUUGUGCUCUCUCCAGCGAUGACGACAGCCUUUGUGAAGAGCCCACCGAGGAGGAGGCGAUGGGUGGGAGCAGCAGACCCUGGACACGCCACCUAUCCUCCUCCUCGAGCACCUACUGCACAGAGCGCCUCAGCUCGGGAUACUCGUCCAUCCAAAGUGUUCCCAGUCCGCACGUCUCUUCCUCUGUGGUCUCUCCCAAAAAUCCCGCCGGUUUCUGUCUCCUGCUGCCGCCUGCGCAAAGGACUCGCCGACAGGUGAAGAGGAAAAACACAGCAGCACAUAGCGAAGGAGAGGCAGAGCGCGACGAGGAUGCAGCCAACGUGGCCUUCCUUAGCCUCUGAUUGAUUGACAGGAAGCUGUCAUCA